GUGAUCAUUGCAGCCUCCAAGUUUGAAAUAUCAAACGACCUUCAAGAACAGUUGGGCAAAGCAAUAGACCAUGUGAAUAAGACGCCAGAAAAAUUAGAGCUCAAAGAAGUCAAGGAAUAUCGCAAUAAAAUUGAUAAACAUCUUAAAUGUUUUGAAGAUUUUGAUAAGGCUCUAAAAUGGGAUAAUUUUGAUGAUAUGAUUAAUUUAGCAUAUAAUGUUCCUUUCUAUUUAGCCA